GGAUCGUAUGAAAUGUAGUAACCAACAAUAAAAGUAUAAAAAAAGAAAUUUAAAAAACGUAACUGGACUGUUAUUCCGAGGUCCAGCGCCCCCUCGUGGUGACAAUCGAUCUCUGUCUAACCACAUGUUGCAGGGAGGCCGCAAUGUGAAAGAAGUAAACAUCCAAGUCUCUCCGCAAUAGAUACCAACACGGCAGUGUUUUGUUGUUACCAUAAUCUGUCUGUUGAUGCGAUAUUCGAGACAGAUCGGACUCAUACAAGUAAACUAUUCAAACUUCCCCACUUUGUUUGAGCGAGGCGCGCUCCCGCCACAGGGCAUGCAAAUCUCUGCACCGGCUGACAUGCACUUUUCGGGGGAGGAGGAACAACCGUGAUUUGCAGACUCAGAACAACGUAGAAGGAAACACUGAUCUAACCAGUGCUUUCUGUGUGCGGCAGAGGGCGACUGUUCGGUUGCUUGGCAACAGGACAACGCGCUGAAAGAUGGCGGAGGAAAAAGAAAGUGAAGAAAACAUUUCAGCUCUUCACAAGAAGAUAACGGACGCCUUUCAGCUGUUUGACUACGAUUCCAACAACACGGUUAACGUCCGGGAGAUUGGGACCAUUAUGUAUUCUCUGGGCUGCUUCCCCUCCCAAGCAGACAUACGUGAAUUUACAGCCAAGGUGGGAGAGGAUUUCUCAGGAGUUGUACAUCUGGAUAAGUUCCUUCCAGCUAUGACCAAAGUACUGUUGGAGAACAGGUUUCCUCCCAUCCCCAGGAGCAAGCUUUUGCAGGCUUUUAAGGUUCUGGACAAAGACCAGAAGGGUUACCUUAAACCUGAAGAGCUGACAAAGUACAUGAUGGAAAAAGCUGAACCUUUCACCCAAGAGGAGAUGGACGAGAUGCUAACAGCACACACUCAUCAAAAGGACAACGUUAUCCAUUACGAAAAGUUAAUUGACAAACUCACUGCUGACCAGAACAUGUAGGAAGAGUCAAUGUGUAUAAGCCAAAAAACUGUUAAUUUUUUUUUUUUUUUUUAGCAA